AUGGCUGCGGGCACGGAGACGGUGCACUACAUCCACCUGCACAACUCCAGCCAGUCUGUUCUGGAGGCUUUACGGACGCAGCGGCGUGAAGGCCUCUUCUGCGACGUGACGGUGCGCAUACAUGACGCCUCGCUGCGUGCCCACGCCUGCGUGCUGGCCGCUGGCAGCCCCUUCUUCCAGGACAAGCUGCUGCUGGGCCACUCUGAGAUUUCGGUGCCGCCGCUGGUCCCCGCUGAGACGGUGAAGCAGCUGGUGGAUUUUAUGUACAGCGGCUCGCUAGUGGUGGUGCAGUCACAGGCCCUCUGCAUCCUCACCGCCGCCAGCAUCCUGCAGAUUAAGACGGUCAUCGACGAGUGCACCCAGAUCAUCUCCCAGAGGAAGGUUGCUGCUGCGGCAGCAGCCGCAGCAAGUGGAGGUGGAGGUGGAGGGGGGAUGACAGUUGGGGUCCUGCCCAAGCAGGAGGAGCGGGGAGGGGGUAAAGGUAGGGACAGCGGUGGUGUUUGUAUUGGUGGUGGUGGCGGAGUCAGCGGUGGUGGGGGUUACCAGAGCUUCUCGAACUUCGCCUUAGGGGACUGCGGAGCGAGCAACAUGGUCACAGGCCUGGGCGGAUCUAACUUGAGCGUUAAUGUUAGCGAGAGUGGCCCAGGAGGCGCCCUGGAGCAGGCUAACCCAGUGGGGCUGAUGGCUCUAGCUGACAUGGGCAGCCCCGGGGCCCUUUGUGGGGCUGACGGGCUGAGCUCAGGGGCCGGCGGAGUCCUCAUGAAGAACUCAAGUUGCACUCAGGAUAUGAGGUACAAGCUGAGAGACCUGCUAGCGGCAACCGCUAACGGCGCCAAUGCCGGAAGCUCAGGGAAUCUCUCGGUCGGCUGCAGCUCUGGUGUCAGCAGCGUGGACAGCAUUGGCCGGGACAGUAUCCGCAGCAAUGCGGCUGACCUCUCGGAAGAGCUUGUGGGGAUGGACAGAUACUGCGAGGCGGAGGAGAUGGAUGGACAUCACAGAGGGAGAGACUUGGAAAGGGACAGAGGAGCAGGAGGACACAGCCGCAAGCAGAGGCAGCCACUCAGGCUUCAGGUUCUUGUAGGAGAGGAAGUGGUGGUGAAGGAUGAAGGAGUACAGGAGCCGGAGGGAGGUGUCUUCGGCUUGGAGGAGGGAAGACGAGUUGAAGGGCAGGAGGGCACACAGGAAUCCAUGGCAACCUUCGGCCAGGGUGUAUUCUAUGAUGAGGCUGGCGUUUUCUCCCCCGAGGCUUUCUGGCCCCAGAACGAGCCAGCUCAGGCCAUGUCCUUCAACCCCAGAGGAAGAGGAAACAAGCUACUGUCUCCCCCUACCUCCUCACAGUCCAUCAACAACCAGCUACUUUUUCAGUACCCAGUCAGCCAAUCACAGCCAUCAGCCUCAUUCUUUGUGGGUGGACCGAUGGUUAUUGACAGCAUGGCAGGAACAGAGCACAGCCAACAGGCUCCGCCCCCAACACCAAUGACCCCUGUUCUGUCAACCUGUGGCACGCCAGGCCCCUCACCUUCCUCCCAGGGAUCUGAGACGUCCUUCGACUGCACUCACUGUGGGAAAUCGUUACGUUCCAGGAAGAACUACAGCAAGCACAUGUUCAUACACUCCGGUCAAAAGCCUCAUCAGUGCAGCAUCUGCUGGCGCUCCUUCUCCCUGCGCGACUACCUCCUCAAGCACAUGGUGGUGCACACGGGCGUGCGCGCCUUCCAGUGCUCUGUGUGCGGCAAGCGCUUCACACAGAAGAGCUCACUCAACGUGCACAUGCGCACGCACCGGGCCGAGCGCACCUUCCAGUGUACCGUGUGCCACCGGGCAUUCACCCACCGCACCCUGCUGGAGCGCCAUGCUCUGCAACACACCCACCAUGGGGCCACCCAAGGGCAAGGACAGGGCCUCCAGCAGACCCCUAAACACAGCCCUCCAGCCCUGCCAGGGCCCUCGGGCAUGUGCGGCUCAGCUGGGAUGGGCGGCACCAUGGCCAACAUGCCCAGCCACGGGCCGCCCUCCUAG